GCAAGGCCAUUUUCGUCAAAUCGAGAAAAAACUAACCCUAACCCUAAGUCUCUGAUCUGUCUCCCACCUCCCCCACUCAUAUAUCGUAGAAACGCCGCUCACUCGUCUCUUCAUCUCUCAACCCAACUCACAGAGAGAGAGAGAGCGCAGAGAGGGAGAGAAAAUGAAGUACAAUCCACGAGUUACCAGCUCUAGACGCAAGUGCCGGAAGGCCCACUUUACAGCGCCGUCGAGCGUCCGCCGCGUGCUGAUGAGCGCGCCGCUCUCAACUGACCUCAGGAACAAAUACAACGUCCGAUCAGUACCUAUCCGCAAGGACGACGAGGUCCAGGUGGUGCGCGGCACCUUCAAGGGCCGCGAGGGAAAGGUGGUUCAGGUGUAUCGUCGGAAGUGGGUCAUACAUAUAGAGCGCAUUACGCGGGAGAAGGUCAAUGGCUCCACUGUCAACGUUGGGAUCAACCCGUCUAAGGUGGUCAUCAACAAGCUCAAACUCGACAAGGAUCGCAAGAGCCUCCUCGACCGCAAGGCCAAGGGCAGGGCCGCAGAUAAGGCCAAGGGCAAGUUUACCGCCGAGGAUGUGGCUGCCGCCGCCGCGCCCUCUCUCCAAGAGAUCGAUUAAAUUUGAUUUGAUUGCGCUUUCGCCUUUGAUUUUUAAUAGCGUUCCCGUGGUUAGUGGAAAAACGGGUUAAUUUAGUAACUGCGAUUAGUAUGAAUGAAUUUUUAAUGUGGUUUUGGUUAAUGUUAUGCUAUAAUUUUCUGCUUUUUGAUUUU